AUGGACGCGACGUUCGCAGACACGGCUUGGGUACCUAGGUGGGCAGAUCAUUCUCACGUAACAGUCAAGGCAUAACUGCUAGGCCAGCGGACAAUGGAGGGUCAGGUUUAAAUUCGCUGGAUAUUCGCGGCUGCAAAAAAGUCUUGAAUGACAUAGAUCAUCUGCCAACUUGGUUCGGCUUGGCGCGGCAGUUUUACCUUCCCGAAGGCUGGACGAUGAUGAGUGUUUGGGAGUUUGUUGGCGGGCCUUUGAGCAAGUGUGUAACUCUUCUUUGUAGCAUUUCCUCAUCGCGCAAAAUCGCUUGAUGUCUGGGUGUAUCUGAGUGCGGCCAUGUCGCGUCGUGUCACCAUUGUAACAUAGUCAAGCCGCUCGAUCUACUACACAUCACCAGCAGCACCAGCAGCACCAGCCGCAGCCACAGCCACCAAGACCCCAUACAGCUCGUCCUCGUCCUCGCCGUCGCCAUAGCCCGGCGAUGCAGCCGUUCCAGGGCUUCCCUGCUUCCGCAUCGAAUCAAGCACCCGACUCUCAAUCCUCAACUUUGAACGCUUCCAAUCACGUCCAUCGCGACUCGUCGUCGGCCGACAACCGCGUUGUCCGCUCCAUACCGCCAUGGGUCCAAACCGAAGACGACAGUGAUGAUGAGUCGGUCGACCACCAGACACAGCGCCUUCUUCCUCUUGCCAAUACCGUACCCGCCUCCCAUCACUAUCUUCCCGCACCGCCCACUCAGCACAAGGCCCCUGGCCGAAAGUGGGACCACAUACGCUCUGCUGAGCCUCCGCUGUUGGACCAACCCAUAGACACCAACCAGCAGCGAUGGCUUCCUUACAUGAUGUCGGGGCCCCAACCGAGAGGUGUUCCUGGAGCGAGACUGGUCUCUGACGCCUGGAUGGAUGAAAAUAUGCCUCACCUCACUACUACUUGGACUGCUGCCGAGCCUGAGAAGGCUUCGGAGAAAACAAAAGGUCUGUGGUUGUUUACACCAGAGAGACGGUCAAAGACCUUUGCGACCAUCAAGCGUAUCAUUCUUAAGAAUCCUUUUGUUCCUCUUGUCUUCCGUCUUCUUGUUCUCACCUUUACUGUCGCCGCGCUAGGCUUGGGCGCCAGAGUGUUUCACGAAGCCAACGCAGUCUACCGCCAGGGCAACGGUCCCUGUACCAAGCGCGCCUCGACUUAUAUGGCCAUCAUCUUGGACAGCAUCGCCGUGCCAUAUAUCGGCUACAUCACAUGGGAUGAAUACUUGAGCAAACCACUUGGACUUCGAAGCGCCACCGCCAAAGUCUCGCUUCUUCUAGUCGACCUGUUAUUCAUCGUCUUCUACUCAUCAAACUUGUCCCUAGCUCUGGACGCAUUGGACGACCCUCGUUGGGCUUGCUUUGAUCACAACGAAUCUCAGCUGUCAAAUUGUCCCGCUUCUCCUCGUAUAUGUCGCUCACAGCAAGGUCUGUCUGGCGUUUUGGUUGUUGCUCUGAUGGCAUGGCUUUUUACUUUUAUUAUUAGUGUACUCAGGGUGGUGGAGCGUCUUCGUUAGCGAGGAAAGACACAACAGCAUGUUCCUUUGUAAUCAUUUAUGCCAUCCUUACGUUCGUGUAUCUAUUUCUGUUCUUCUAGGCGUGUCUGUUCUUCACAGCCAUCUUUUUCUGGACAACAUCAUCGACUCAAAUUGAAUGUCUCCAGAUCUACUUCACAUGACAUGGAAGAGAAUCGAUCGGCAUGGAGAAUAAAACAUGGCCGUCUGCAGGCCAAUGC